AUGGCAAAGCGCAUGCAGCACGGUUUUGCCGCCCGCAACGGACUCUUUGCCGCUUUGAUGUCCAGAGAAAAUUAUACAGGCAUCGAUCAAGUUUUCGAGAGACCAUAUGGCGGCUAUCUCUCUACCUUCGGUCAACGCUCGACGUAUGACCCCACUUACAAAGAGAACGAGCUCAUUGGUGGCUUGGGACGGGACUGGAGAGGCAUUGAAGGGAUCAGACUCAAGGAAUACAACUCCAUGAUCGCGACACAUGCUCCUGUUGACUGCAUUGCUACGCUGCAGGCAAAGCACCCCGAAAGAUUCGCAGACCUCGGGUCCGUGAGCAAGAUUGUGAUCGAGCGGCCCAAGGCUCCUCACGCACACGGUGGUCAGCAGAUCGGUCGACCCAUCACAACGACCGGCGCUCAGAUGAGUACGCGAUACAUCGCUGCUGUACAGCUGCUAGAUCGAAAAGUCCUGCUCGAGCAAUUCAGCGAGGCAAACCUUGAGCGCGAUGAUACUUGGGACUUGAUCCGGAAGAUUGACUGCGUGUGGAAUGAGGAGUUUGACGACAAGAGUGCUUGGUACACGAGAGUGUCAGUAGAAUUUACCGAUGGCGAGAGCUGGGUGCAGGAAAUGCCGGUCUUGAAAGCUAUCGGAAGCCUUCUUUCUGGGUGUGAGAUAAAGGAGAAAUGGAGGCUGAUAUGCCUCCUGCACGACCUGAGAUCAUUUUCGUCGCAGAUCGCAGUGGCAGAGGCGAUAGCCCAUGUCGAACAUUUCAAGGCCGACUACUGCGGGACUGAGACUCAGAAUACCGUUAGAGCGGCCAUCGACAGCCGUUUCGUAGACCUCGACUGCGAGAUUCUGGUCUUGACUGACGGUGACAUAUGUCGCCAACACGAAAUUUUCAGCUAUCUCAACGACACUGUUGGCGACAGCAUUCGCGUGCUUCCACUAGGAAUUGGCGAUGGCGUUUCUACCAGCCUUGUUGAGGGUGUCGCUCGUGCUGGCAAAGGUUUCGCGCAGACGGUCGGCGAAGGUGAGAAGCUUGAGAAAAAGGUCGUUCGCAUGCUGAAGGCAGCAUAG